CAACUGCAGACAUUGUCAACACGAGGAAUCGGAAUAUAAUAUUCAUUUCGUCUUUAGGGUAAUAGAGUGAUUGUAAAUACUCAUAUUUUUUAUUCGAUAGUUUUUAUUUGAUCCUGUGAACGUCAUCAUGAGAAAAGUCGUGACACACCUUUCCACGGCAGUUCGAAAAUUUCCAUUGCAACAUCAAUGCCAUUUUAACAAGUUGAAGAGGAGUAUAUUGGAAACAAAUCAGUGCAUUAUAGUAUUUUCUCACUGUUUACAUGAUAAUAAAAACCAGAGGCCACCUUGGAACUAUGAUAAACUGACAAACUGGGGCUAUGGUGAUAAAGAUGGUCCAGACACUUGGCAUCAGCACUUUCCAGACGGAGCAGGGUAUCAGCAAUCUCCAAUCGACAUAGUUACCAGCAAAGCUCAGUUUGAUCCCAGUUUGGCUAACACCCCUCUAAAAUUUAAGUAUGGAGUUUGUCACAGAGCAACAGUAGAUAACACAGGGAGAUCACUCAAGAUUAACAUCAACCAACCUUCAGAGUUGACAGGUGGCCCAUUGCGAGAUACAUUUCAUUUUGAGCAAUUCCAUCUUCACUGGGGCUCAACUAAUGACAAGGGAUCAGAACAUACAAUAGAUGGCAAGUGUUUUGCGGCUGAGUGGCAUUUUGUUCACUGGAACUUGAAGUAUGGGAAUUUCCUAGAGGCAGCCUAUCAACCUGAUGGUCUAGCUGUUGUUACUUACAUGGUGAAUGUUGGUGCUGAGCACAAAGAAUUCAAAAAGCUUACAGAUGUCUGUCCCAAAAUAGAAGAAGCAUAUACAUCCGUAAAACUCGCUCAACCAUUUGAUCCUCUUAAGAUGUUAAAAAAUGAUGUUUCCCAGUACUGGACCUACCACGGUUCUCUUACCACACCACCAUUACUGGAGACUGUCACAUGGAUCAUAUUUAGGAAUCACAUGGAAAUUUCCCAGGAACAGAUGGAUAUUCUGAGAAAACUGAAAUUUCCUGAGGGUCAGUGUAUGGUAGAUAACUGCAGACCCCCUGGACCAAUCCACCAAAGAACAGUCAGAGCAUCAUUCUCAGAAUCGUAGACUCUUUUCAAAGACGUCACCAACAGCUACAAAAUACUGCCUAUAAUACAUAGCACAAAUCUACCUCAUAAAAUUCAGUUAUACUGAAUUUGUGGGGCAAGUCAAUGUACGGCGUGUUAUGGAAAUUGAUUUCUGUAUUACAGAGCUGGAUUUAUAGAACUGUAAACCACUAAUUCCAACACUAUACUCAUCUGACGAUGUAUGGCUUCAUUUUGAGUUUAAUAAGUUGAAUUGCAGUGCAAUGCAGUUGUUCUAUUGAUUUUUCUAUGAAAGUUUUUUUUUCUUAAAAAUGCCAAUAGUAACAAAUUUGUAUCUUGUAAAUCGUGGAGUGUGUGAGACUUUCUUCUUUGCAGUUUCUGAUGUUGACUCUUCUAUGCUCUCAGACUAUGACAUUUUUGUCUCUUUAUUAAUAAAAAUAUACAUUUGAAA